AACCUGAGUGUGUGUGCCGCCAUGGUGACUUACGUCACACCCCGAGCACGGAUGUGUGUGUGUGUCUCCGUGGAGUGAGAAUGUGUAGAUAGAUGUUCGAAAGGAGUGAGAGAUAGCCUGGAAGUGGACGGACAUGCACAAGAUUCGAAGAGAGUCACAACAGACAGUUCGCUAUCCGAUUCCUGCACGAUUCACAAAGGAUGUCAACUGAAAAUAACCAUAGUUCAACUUGAGGUGCUUUUUUUUUUUUUUUAAGUGAAGAAGAAUAGUAUACAACGUUUACUCUGUCCCAUCUAUGGAGGAUCCUACUGUAAUGGAGGAGAGGGUAGAGGACUCGGCCAUUACUACCUUUAUCACCACAUCAAUCCCAUUUGACAGCGUCACCAUGGAGCCAGGCCUGGCCAACAAGGAUGUGGUGGAGGACCAAGCUGUAGCCAUGACAGACAAGGAUGCAAGCUUAACCAUCAUAGCCAUGGCUUCAUCCACUGACACCAUAACAAACACUGAAGUCAACCUAGCUAUGGCAUCAUCCACACACAGUGAAGUGAACUUAGCAAUAGCUUUAUCCACUGAUGUCAUUACAAACAAAGAAGCGAGUGGAACCAUAGCCGUACCCAUGGAUAGUGGGAUAAACUCUGAUGCUAAGCCAGCUAACACACCCAUAGUAUCAACAUCUUUAUCACCAGCUGCCACUGUGACAAACACUGGUGCCAACCCAGCCCUCCCCUCACCAUUUUCAUCAUCUACUGCCAGUGGCCCAGCCCCCGGAGGCCUGCAUCCCGAAGAGGAAGGCCUCUCAGCGAUAAGCUCAUGUGGUAGUGUGGGGGUCACUCUGGAGAACAGCAAUGUCUGGAGGGAGUUCCACUGCUGUGGAACCGAGAUGAUCCUCACCAAACAGGGCCGGCGCAUGUUUCCCUACUGCCGCUACCGCCUGACGGGUUUGGAACCAACACGUCGUUACUGCUUGGUCCUGUCAAUCACCCCCGUCGACACGUACCGCCAUCGCUGGAACCUGAAGGAGUGGGAACCCAGUGGUCCUGGAGAACCACACACCCAGGCCUCAUGCCGACUCUUUCCCCACCAGGACUCAUCAGCCCUGGGGAAGGUCUGGAUGGCCAGCCUGGUCUCCUUCUAUAAACUCAAACUGACUAACCACUGCCUGGACCAGGAGGGACAUGUGUUGCUGCACUCCAUGCACCGCUACAGGCCCAGUUUACACGUUAUCCCCGUCGCAGAUGGAGAUGACCUUGGCUUUGACCCUAAGCUGCUUGACCUCCAGCUCCUCGGCCCGGAGGUCAUGACCUUCACGUUCCCGCAGACCGAGUUCUAUGCAGUGACGUCGUACCAGAACACCAGGAUCACCCAGCUGAAGAUAGAUUAUAACCCCUUUGCUAAGGGCUUCCGGGAGGACAGCGGCAGCCCGCGCCUCGCAAAGCCCAGGCCGGAGCACCCUCAGGCGGGGAAGGGAGAUAUCCGCUCCCCUGGUCGUAGCACUGCUAGGUCCAAUGGUGGUGAGGGGACUGAGCAUUUUGUUACUGUAAAUGAUGUUGUGGCUGAUAUCAGCAUGAAGAAACGUUCUCUCCCUACAACUCACCCUGUGGGGGAAGUCUCAGGGAAGUUGAGGAAAGUAGCUCCUGGUACAGCAGAUUCAGAUGCCAAUGAGACUGAUGUGUCUGCCAGUGAAGAGGGGAUGGAUCUGGACUACAGUGACCAUGUCUUCCACAGGCAGUACCUCCGAGCGCAGCUAGCCCUGCCCUCAGGAGCCUCCAGGCCAGAGAACAGCCCGGGGGCUGGGGGGGAGAGACUGGGUGCUGGGAUGGACCACUCCAGACAGGCCAGCCUGACUGCUAACCCUCAGAAUACUACACAGUCUACUGUGUUACACACAAACAGAUGUUCAAAGCCUUUAAAACGUUCCACUGUAGAACCAAUGGACUCUGAGGUUCCGCUUGUAGAGCCAACCAUGACCGCACCCAUUUCGCUUACAGAAACUCAGGAGGACAAGGUUGCGAGCCUAACCCCUAAAACAUCCAAACCUCAAAAGAUUGCACCCAAGCCUUCUCCUACCCCCUCACCUCUGACCCCCACUGCAUCCCCCUUUGCUGUUCCUAAGCCAUGGAAGAAGGGGCGUAAACCGGGGGGCAAUCGGUGGGGCAGUGUCGGAAAAGUCUCUAAGGGUACCAAGGCGGCGACAGCGGCUGUCACUGCAACUAGCAGCCCGAUACCUGUUGCUAUGCAACCGGAACUGGAUGACGUGGAGGGUCUACUUUUUGUGUCCUUCACUUCCAAGGAAGCUCUUGGUGUCCAUGUGGAGGACAUGCCAUCCAAUAACACAUCACCAGUCACUCAGGAACAGCCAGAGAAAACUGUACUGGAGAGUGUUGAGGAGAAGAUUGCAGUACUGGAGAGUGUUGAGGAGAAGAUUGCAGGUCUGCAGACUAUCUUACUGCAAGACCUGAACACACUCAAACACAGACAGGUCAUCCACCCUGUCCUACAGGAGGUUGGGCUGAAGUUGAGCUCCCUGGACCAAGGCCUGGCCAUCGAUCUACAGUAUUUGGGGGUGCGUCUACCUCUGUCUCCGCCUGUGUUCACUGGGCUGGGCAGCGCUACCUCCACUGAUGGAAGCAGGUCCUUUGUCUCCAGGACGGGGAAGACCAGUGACCUGACCAAGAUCAAGGGCUGGAGGGACAAGUUCAUCAGGACCAAAGAGACCUCUAAGAACCACAACCCCAACCGCUCGGCCUUCUGCAGCGAAAUGCUCGACCAAUACCUGGAGAGCGAGGCCCAGCGAAUCAGCGACCGCGCUGCUGCCUUCUCCCACAACCCCCUGGGCUCAGUGGCCUAUCAGCUGCCUGUGACCAGCACCAGCUAUGUGCGGACCCUCGACAGUGUUCUGAAGACACGUGCCCCCCCGCCCCCCGCCUUCUGUAGACCCUGCCCCCUCUCUCGGAAACCCCUCCUCUACGCAGCUCUAAAGAAACCCCCUCCACCCAUCAACAACCACAGGACCCCUCCUAAAGCAGCCAAACCCAAACCCACACCAGCACAGGGUAAACAGCACCAUAUAACACCAGCCCAGGGCAAAGCCAGAUCUGCCUCUGUGCUACGGCCCAUCCAGGUCACCAACAGUAACAAAACUACUGCUGCUAAAGCUACAGCUGGGGUUAAAGUCACCAGCCCUCCUACUGCACAGCGGUCUCCUCCAGGCCAGGGGGCCGUGAGGAGGGACUCCAGCCCAGGGAGAGGCCUCUCCAGCGGGUUGACUGGCCUCUCUAAGAACCAGCUCAGACUGGUCGGUCUCUCUAAGAUCCAGCUGAGAAUGAUGGAGAUGGAAGAUGCCACCUUCUACCAAGGACACGAUAGAACACACAUCACUACUGAGAGGGUGGAGAGAGCCCUGAUGGCACUGCUCACUGUGCAGGGUCUCCCUAAGAGCCGUGCCCCCCAGGCCAGUCCAGUGGACAGUCCAGAGUGUGGUUCUGAGUUCUGCAGGCUGGGGUGUGUGUGUUCCAGCUUGGCCCGGGUGUCCAGGGGUCCGCUCCACUGUUACAGGCCUGACUGUAUGCUGGGCUGCUCCUGCUUUAAACGCAGGAUCACCAAACAGACCACAGCAGCAGAGAACGGCCAGCACCAGACACUGCCUGUUUACACUGUGUCUAACGUGGAGCAUGAGGUUCAGCCCAAUCGAGGCGUCCGUGUCUCAACCCUGUGGGACUGCACCUCAGGGGUGGACCCCGAACCCCUCUUCAGCCCGAAACCUGCCCCAAACAUACCCAUCAAGCCUCUAACCAGGAUCUACAACCCUGGUCCAAAGCGCUACGUACCUCGUCUCACCCCCGAGCUGCGAGAGGAGGACAAGGACCCAGUCUACAAGUACUUUGAGAGCAUGAUGACGUGCGCCCGUGUCAGAGAGUUUAACAGUAAACCGCCGCCCCAGGUGCUGCCGCCACAGGUCCACCUCUUUAAGGACAAUAAUAGUUCCAUCAUCCCCAGCAGCAGAAAGAAAAUGAUCGCUGCCAUCCUCUCACCUCCAAAUAAACCAGUAGUACGAGUGAAAAGUCCCUCCACCCAGGCCAAGAAGCCUAAAGUUCCUGAGCCCACUAGGCAGCUGGAGAUCCAGUCAGAGUGUAACUGGGACCAGCACCGGAAACUGGUCCUGGGGGUUCUGUGCCGACGCAUGACCCAGAACCGUCUGUCCGAACCCUUCAACAUUGGCCCCUACCACGUCCGCCUCCUCUCAAACACACACAAACGCAAGGCUGAGAGCACCAUCAUCAUAUUCAAGGUCUGCAUCAGUAAGGCUGAAGACGGUGAUACCGAUGAUAGUGAUGAAUCUGAUAGUGAAGUCACAGACAACAGUAGUGACGACAGUGAUGAAGACGACGAGGAAGAUGGCAUCCCUAAGCCUGAGGAGCCGGAGAUGCAGGUUGGAGUGACUCCCUUCCUGACAGGAGUAGUGCCAGCAGGCAGACUGAAAGCCAGGAAGAAACAACCAACCUGCCCUGCUGUAGGACUAAUCCAGGUGAACGGUAAAUCCUACUCCCAGGCCAGAUUGCUGCUGGGGCAGAUGGGAGCUCUGCACCCGGCCAAUCGGCUAGCUGCGUUCGUCACCGGCAGGUUGCGCUCUGUAGCCAAGGCCCCUCAGAAGCCUCUAAACUGCUUCCCCAGGGCGAAGAAAACAUCUGUGGGUGCUGGGCACUUGAAGACCGCAGUCACUGCUGUUGCUCCUCAAGGCAGUAGUAGCGUUACAGCUAUGGCUAAGAAAGGAGCUUUGGCCCAGAAAGUAUUCCAGACACCAGCAGGGAAGAACAGGCCUCCUCCGUACAGACCACCAUGGUCCCUAGGUGUCACCAAAUCUAAAGGCAAAACCUCCACCAGUCAAAGCACCACAAACCCUAAAGACCCAGUCGGCUCUCCCCUGCUCCUGGUACCCAUGGCCCCUCCUCCUGCCCCAGGCACCUCCCAAGGCUCGCCCCCUGUAUCGCCCCCUGCUGGAAAGAUGCUACUACAGACAGUCUCCUCCUCCCAGGGCUGUAAAAUGUAUCGUCAGCCCAACGGACAGUUGAUCAAGCUGGUACCUCUGAAUCAUAUGCGUCACAUAAAGGCCAAGAAUCAAGACAAGCUCACUCGUAUUGCUACCAAGCCGUCCACUCCCAAGACAUUCCAACCUCCCCCCCCUCUCACCUCCACCCACCCCCCUCGCAGCCCCCCUCCCCACGCUCCCCUCAUCAAAUUCAUCAUGGGCCAGUUGGGUGCCAUCACCCCAUCCCAGACCCCUUCCUCUUCCUCCCCCUUGUCUCUCACUGUCUCCUCCUCCCUGAAGACCCCCAGCUUCCUGGGCCAGACUGGGACCUACUCCUUCAGGAUCUGUCCUCCGACUGCAGGGGACCAGGGCUCUAGGGGUCCAGGCCAGGGCACCGUGGGAGGCCCAGCUGGAGUAUCCCUGCCUGGGGGCUUCACCCUCAUCCAGCUCCCUAAGCCUGGAGGUACUGGAGGAGGUGCUCCCAGGCUACCUGAACUAAUCAGAACCACAGCUGUGGGUUCUGCUGGACCUGGAGAGGUAAAGGUACAGAAGAACCCAGGAGGAACCUCUUCUUCCUCUCCCUUGCCUCUGGCAUUGACACCAGUUAAAACCGAAGACCACUCCUACACCCCAGGGUUAAAUACCAAUACAUCUGACUCCAGAUCAGCUCUAGCCCAGAAAAAGGACCUUAAAUCUGACCGUAGAUCAGCCAAAGCCAACACCUCUUGUCCCGUGGAGCCCAAUGAGCUGACCUGUGAUGAGAAGAUGCUGUCGGACGAGAGUGAUGCAGAGAGAGGGGAGGUGGGGGAGGGCUCGGGACUAUGGAGCCCAGAAUCAUGGAAGAAAGACACUGAGUUCAGUCGGUUUACCACUCUAAGAAUGCAUGAGAACGGACAUCCUGAUUUUAAGGUUGAGGACUCUGAUUCGGACAACUCCUCGGACGACUCCUCGGAUGACUCGGAUUCCGACAGUGAUGAAUAUGCCAACGAGGACGAGGAGGAAGCAGUGGACAUCGAGACGGUGGAGGAGAGGAGACAGGGAAUCACCAUCGCUCAGAUGAGGGCCGCUGUCAAACACACACAAAAAACUAGUCAGGAUGGGGAAACGGCACCAAAAGAAAAGCAUCAGAGGGAUAUGAGAGAGGAGGAGGGGUCUGGUGAGGGAGGGGGUCGUAAGAACCGCACCCUGACGGAGAGGCUGCGUCGCGGUGAGCACCAGAAGCUCUUCACCAGACUCAAACAGGUGCUGUUCAUGGAAGAACUGGACCCCAAGGUCUCCAAGCUACACCUCCUCUCACAGGCUCUGAAGGAGAUUCGUACCCUUUCGGUGGACUCUGAGUCUCUGGAGGAGAAGAAGAGGAUGCUGACUGAGAUCCAGACUGUCUAUGUCAAGGAGAUCGCAUACAUGUCUGGAAAGCCAGAGGAGCUGAUCAAGGCCAAGCUGAAGGAGAUCUGGGAGAAGAAACGGACUCUAGCUUCCCAGAGGAGAGCAACUGUUCCCCCUACCUCUAGCCCCACCCCUAGUCCCAACACCAUGACGGUGUCCCAGGUGUCUCAAGCUAGCUCUCUGGGUCAGGCAGGAGCAGCUAGUGGCUCUGUGAAACCAGUGGCUGCUGUUUUACGCACCAAGAGCGGCAAGAUCAUACUUCCUGCUUCCAUGCUUCCCCCUUCCAUGUUUCGUGCUUCCAAACCAGCAGGAAGAUCGGUCUACACAGUGAAAGUUAUGAAGAGACCAACAGUCACCUCCCUCUUAACCCCCACCUCCUCAGCAGCCAAGGAGGUUGUGGAGAAGGAGAGAGCUGCCUCUGGCCCUGAGAAGGACCAGGAGAGAGUGUCUGGAGAGGCUGAGCAGCCCUCCGACAGCCCAGCAGCAGAGAGGCCAGAACUAGGUAAGGAGGAACCACAGGCCCCUGUCUGUAAUGGAUUCAUGGAAGAAGAGACUUCCACAGAGAAGGAUAACGGCUCAACUCCCAAAAAGAAGUCACUAAUCAAUAAAAACUCAAUCAAGAGGCUUUCUGGUAUGAAGUGUCCCCUUGUGGAGAUCUCUCCCCUAAACAGUGCCAUCUGGAGGCCGUUGGAGGAACCACAGAUGGGGGGUGAGAGUGAUGCUGGAGGCUGGGGCCUGUCUCUGACCAAGGGAGAGGCAGCCAUACUGGUGAAGGCGCUCUCUGAACACCAGGGCAUAGUAGUGGGGCGGAAGGGCAAGGAUAGCCCGGUACAACACAAUGGAAAGAAGAGCUCUAUGACACUAAAGGGCAAGGAUAGCUCAGAACUACAAAACGAACAGGAUAGCACGGUGUCACAGAAAGAAACUGAUAGCUUGGUCCCACAAAAAGGAGAGGAUAGCUCAGUCACACCAAAGGAAAUGGCAGAGGUUGGCUUGGUGACAUCAAAGGAAAAUGAUUGUUUGUUGACACAAAAGGGAGAGGGAGGCUCGACAGACAGCUCAGAGGCUCAACUACUGAAGAGAAAACGUGGAAGGCCUCGCUUGGACAUCAAAACACCACCAACUGGAGAUAUCACUACUAACCCUGCGCCGCGGGGUCGGCCCCGUAAAGUAUCACGGAUUGGGGUGAAUAUCCCUGUGGUAACGACCGGUGGCAACGACCAGGCCAACGUGACACAAACCGCAGGUAUUGCUUGUAACCCUACCUUAGUCACAAGAAUACCCCCAGGUCGAGACACUAAUACUGGGGGUGGUGAAAUCCAAAUAACACCAAGGGAACGUAGCCUAAGCCCUACGAGGCGGGGUAGAAGGCCUAAAGUAUCACAGGUUGGGGUUACUACUAGCCCUGUGGUGACGACUGGGCCUGGGGGUAGCCCAGCCAGGGUGACUCAGGCUGGGGGUAGUACCCCUACCCCAGUGACUCAGGCUGGGGGUAGGCCUGUGAAGAGUGCUGCCGGUAGCCCUGCAACUUGGGGUAGGGCACCAAAGGUGCGGAGAGCUGGAGAUAGUUCUAGUCCGGCCAAGGUGACUAGGGAUGCGGUUACUAGCCCUGUAACUCGGGCUGGGUUAAACCCGGCGAGAUGGACUCGUGCUGGGGGGGGUAUCCCUGUGGUGAAGACUGAGGGCAGCCCAACCAAACCUCCAAGAGGAGGGACUGAGGUUACUAGCCCUGUAGCGACGACUAAAGGAAGCCCAGGUAAAACGCCACAGGCUGUGGGUCGGCCUGGAACACGACAUGUGACCCGCGCUGUAUCGGUGAAGGGCCUUGUCAGUGGGAAGAGGACAACAAGGUCUGAUAAGGCCUAGUGAAACUGAGACUAAGGCUGCAUUUCCACACUGUUUCCAUUGGUGCAUCUCAAUACUGUAGUAGUCUAAAAUGGCGUCCACAACUUGUUUUCUCUCCUUCCACUCUGAUGAUGCUGCAUUUCAGCCUAGCUCUAACCAGAGGAUCAAGAGAAUCGUACUCCUGACAGACGUGCCAUUAACUGUCAUUUAAAGCUAGAAUCCUUAGUUGCUGCAUCCAUUGAUUCUUGAAGAAUAUAACUUUAUAAUUAAAUGCCUCAUGAGCUUAGUUCAACUGUCGUACCUCAUCAGAACCCAAAAUAUAAGCUUGUUUUACUCCAAUGUUUGUAAACAAAGUAAAUGUAAACAAACACUGUAUAGCCUCAACAUGGUUAGUCAUGGUUAGUCAUUGCAUCCAUAGUUGUUUCUAUGAAUUUGAGUGGUUACAUUUCUCCAGGCCUGUCCCUCAGCUGUUUUUUAGUGUUUUUUUUUUUACAAAACAGAGGCGGGGAGUCACUUUGUUAUUGUUUCAAUUAAGGAUUCAAGCUUUAAUUUGUGGAAAGAGGUCCUGAAAUCCCAUUGAGACCACCGCAUGUGCCUGUUCACAAAUCCAAAGGACCCUGGACAGUUAUGCCUGUGUGAGUUGACCCUCUCUUAGCUUUAGCACUCAUCUGCCUUCUCUGGAACACAACAAAGUAGACAAUAACUUACACCUAAGGGACAGUCCGUUUUCCCAACAUCCUAAAUCUUUGAGCAAAACAUUAAAUUAAUGUACUGUAUGAAUGUACUGCAGGUUUGACUGGCGUUUGAGCCGUUGUACAGGUACAUAGGACGUUAGCCCCAUAUUGGGGUGAAUGUGACACGUCAUGCAUUUUUGAUGAAGACUAUUGUUAUUAUGUUCUAGAAAGUUGAUUUCUUGUUAUUUAAUCAAACCACUACUUUUUGAAGAUUACGGUAUAGGGAAGGUCUGUAUUUUUUUCUCUUCAGUAUCACGGUUUGUUCUUGACUUCACUCCCUGUGUCUUUAUUAAUGUAGGGGUGUGUUGUCUUCGAUUUAACCUACAAAAUAAUGGACAUGCAUGAACAUGACAACAAAACAGAUCAAUUACUUUCUGGCCCAAUUAGACAUUAUCAAUAGGCCCUGAAAAUCAUUCAUUUGAGAUGUACAGCAUUCAUGUUUGUUCAUGUCAAAAACACUGUAAAUGUUCUUUCUAUGCCACUGUAAAGACUUUUUGUAUUUUAGCUGUGGUUGGUGCGUCCAGUCUUUCAAAUACACUCUUGGUUCCCAGGCCUAUGAAUUAAAAAAAAAUAUCUGAAUCAGCACUUUAAAUCUUCUGUAACUUCUACACUGUCACAACCAUGUUGAAUAUUUUGGUUUGCCUUAUGGAUUGCUUCCCCAUCUGUUUUUCAAUGAUUCCUAUGUCUGAUUUUUGAGGAACUUAUGUAUAACAUGUAAAAAAACACAAAAAAAAACAUUAUUUGUAGUCGAGACAUUUGUAUUUCAACCUCGUGUGUGUGACUCAUCAUGACUCAAUCUAAGCUAUACUGUAAUCUAUGAAAAUAACCUUUUGUAAAUGUGGUUUAUUUUUUAUAAGUCUGUCUUGUUGUAUAAUGUUCCUCUUUCCUUUUUUGUAAAGAAAUGACCGUUUUACUUCAGUCACUCAGAUGUGCUGGCAAGAUACUGUGGCCUUGAAAAUAAAUAAACCUGUACAUGCGUUU